AUGAAGAAAUAUUUCAAUCUAUUUGAUUUAUCCCAAAAAGUAAACUAUAAAACAGAGGUUUUAUCAGGAUUAACUGUUGCCUUAGCUUUAGUGCCUGAAGCAGUGGCUUUUGCUAUGAUAGCAGGUUUUUCACCUCUUAUCGGGUUAUACGCUGCUUUUGUCAUGGGAUUGAUAACUUCUGUUUUUGGAGGAAGGCCUGGAAUGAUUUCAGGAGCAACUGGAGCAGUAGCGGUUAUUUUUGGAGGGUUAGUUACUCAACUUGAGGGAAUUGGAGUGGAAGGAGAACUAGCCAUUUUACCCUAUGUUUUUGCAACCGUUAUUUUAGCUGGAAUUAUUCAAAUUUUGUUUGGUGUUUUGAGGUUAGCUAUUGUAGCAGGAGUAGGUUUAAUUGAGAGUCUGUUAACGCUUAAUUUAGUGGAUGAAAUUACUCAAACAAGAGGAAGGAGUAACAAAGAAGCAGUAGCACAAGGAACUGCUAAUAUUUUGUCGGGAUUAUUCUCAGGGAUGGGAGGAUGCGCCAUGAUAGGUCAAAGUUUGAUUAACACUUCUAAUGGAGCUAGGGCUAGAUUAUCAGGAAUUGUAGCUUCGGUGAUGCUUCUUGUAUUCAUCAUGUUUGGUUCCAGUUUGAUUGAAAAAUUACCGAUGGCCUCUUUGGUAGGCUUGAUGUUUAUGGUGGCGAUAGGAACCUUUGAAUGGGCAAGUUUUAAAGUGUUUAAUAAAAUGCCUAAGUCUGAUGUUUUUGUGAUGGUAGUGGUGACUCUGAUCACAGUAUUCUUACACAAUUUAGCUUUGGCAGUAUUGAUUGGAGUCAUUAUUUCAGCCUUGGUUUUCUCUUGGGAUAAUGCCAAAAGAAUUAGAGCCAGAAAAUAUACAGAUGAGAAUGGAGUGAAACAUUAUGAGAUAUAUGGUCCUUUGUUUUUUGGUUCUGUAGGAGUUUUUAAUGAAAAAUUUGACGUAGCAAAUGAUCCCGAAGAAGUAAUUAUUGAUUUUCAGGAAAGUAGGGUGACGGAUAUGUCAGCCAUCGAAGCGUUAAAUAAAUUAACUGAUCGCUACUUGAAAGCUGGAAAGAAAGUACAUUUAAAGCACCUUUCUCCGGAUUGUAUUAAAUUACUUGAAGAUGCAGAAAAAGUAAUUGAUGUCAAUGUACUAGAAGACCCGACAUACAAAGUAGUCGUUGACAAAGUCCUUUAA